AUGACAACAGUACAUACAGUAACGCCCGCAACUGACACUGAUACUGUGGCAACCUUGGAUUCCUCUGUCGAAACCACAGAUUCUGGCACUGAUACUCAAACAACACUGGGCUCCUCUGUCCAGAUCACAGACUCUAGCACUGAUACUCAAACAACACUGGGCUCCUCUGUCCAGAUCACAGACUCUAGCACUGAUACUCAAACAACACUGGGCUCCUCUGUCCAGAUCACAGACUCUAGCACUGAUACUCAAACAACACUGGGCUCCUCUGUCCAGAUCACAGACUCUAGCACUGAUACUCAAACAACACUGGGCUCCUCUGUCCAGAUCACAGACUCUAGCACUGAUACUCAAACAACACUGGGCUCCUCUGUCCAGAUCACAGACACCAGCACUGAUACUCAAACAACACUGGGCUCCUCUGUCCAGAUCACAGACUCUAGCACUGAUACUCAAACAACACUGGGCUCCUCUGUCCAGAUCACAGACACCAGCACUGAUACUCAAACAACACUGGGCUCCUCUGUCCAGAUCACAGACUCUAGCACUGAUACUCAAACAACCGUUACAAAAACAACGAUAUCGUCUACAACGCCUGAAUCAUCAACGCUGGUAAAUAAUGCACUGGAACGAACUACCACAACAUUGCCAUACACAAUUACUAUCAACAACAUCCACAACUGGUCCGGAACCAACUACAACACCAGUACUAUCAACAACGUCCACAACUGUUCCGGAAACAACUACCACAUCAGUACUAUCAACAACGUCCACAACUGUUCCGGAAACAACUACCACACCAGUACUAUCAACAACAUCCACAACUGGUCCGGAACCAACUACAACACCAGUACUAUCAACAACGUCCACAACUGUUCCGGAAACAACUACCACAUCAGUACUAUCGACAACGUCUACAACUGUUCCGGAAACAACUACCACACCAGUACUAUCAACAACGUCCACAACUGUUCCGGAAACAACUACCACACCAGUACUAUCAACAACAUCCACAACUGGUCCGGAACCAACUACCACACCAGUACUAUUGACAACUGUUCCGGAAACAACUACCACACCAGUACUAUUGACAACUGUUCAAGAAACAACUACCACACCAGUACUAUCAACAAAGUCCACAACUGUUCCGGAAACAACUACCACACCAGUACUAUCGACAACGUCCACAACUGUUUCGGAAACAACUACCAAACCAUUACUAUCAACAAAGUCCACAACUGUUCCGGAAACAACUACCACACCAGUACUAUCAACUACGUCCACAACUAUUCCGGAAACAACUACCACACCAGUAUUAUCAACUACGUCCACAACUAUUCCCGAAACAACUACCACACCAGUACUAUCGACAACUGUUCCGGAAACAACUACCACACCAGUACUAUCGACAACUGUUCCGGAAACAACUACCACACCAGUACUAUCGACAACUGUUCCGGAAACAACUACCGCAGAAGUACUAUCAACAACGUCCACAACUGUUCCCGAAACAACUACCACACCAGUACUAUCGACAACGUCCACAACUGUUCCCGAAACAACUACCACACCAGUACUAUCGACAACUGUUCCGGAAACAACUACCACACCAGUACUAUCGACAACUGUUCCGGAAACAACUACCGCAGAAAAGUACUAUCAACAACGUCCACAACUAUUCCGGAAACAACUACCACACCAGUACUAUCAACAAUGUCCACAACUAUUCCGGAAACAACUACCACAUCAGUACUAUCAACAACGUCCACAACUGUUCAAGAAACAACUACCACACCAGUACUAUCGACAACUACUAUCGACAACUGUUCCGGAAACAACUACCGCAGAAGUACUAUCAACAACGUCCACAACUGUUCCCGAAACAACUACCACACCAGUACUAUCGACAACUGUUCCGGAAACAACUACCGCAGAAGUACUAUCAACAACGUCCACAACUAUUCCGGAAACAACUGCCACAGCAGUACUAUCAACAAUGUCCACAACUAUUCCGGAAACAACUACCACACCAGUACUAUCGACAACGUCCGCAACUGUUCCGGAAACAACUACUACACCAGUACUAUCGACAACGUCCGCAACUGUUCCGGAAACAACUACUACACCAGUUCUAUCGACAACGUCCACAACUGUUCCCGAAACAACUACCACACCAGUACUAUCGACAACGUCCACAACUGUUCCGGAAACAGCUACCACAUCAGUACUAUCGACAACGUCCACAACUGUUCCGGAAACAGCUACCACACCAGUACUAUCGACAACAUCCACAACUGUUCCCGAAACAACUACCACACCAGUACUAUCGACAACAUCCACAACUGUUCCCGAAACAACUACCACACCAGUACUAUCGACAACGUCCACAACUGUUCCGGAAACAACUACCACACCAGUUCUAUCGACAACGUCCACAACUGUUCCCGAAACAACUACCACACCAGUACUAUCGACAACGUCCACAACUGUUCCCGAAACAACUACCACACCAGUACUAUCGACAACGUCCACAACUGUUCCGGAAACAACUACCACACCAGUUCUAUCGACAACGUCCACAACUGUUCCGGAAACAGCUACCACACCAGUUCUAUCGACAACGUCUACAACUGGUCCCGAAACAACUACCACACCAGUACUAUCGACAAGGUCCACAACUGUUCCCGAAACAACUACCACACCAGUACUAUCGACAACUGUUCCGGAAACAACUACCACACCAGUACUAUCGACAACGUCCACAACUGUUCCCGAAACAACUACCACACCAGUACUAUCGACAACGUCCACAACUGUUCCGGAAACAACUACCACACCAGUUCUAUCGACAACGUCCACAACUGUUCCGGAAACAGCUACCACACCAGUUCUAUCGACAACGUCUACAACUGGUCCCGAAACAACUACCACACCAGUACUAUCGACAACGUCCACAACUGUUCCCGAAACAACUACCACACCAGUACUAUCGACAACUGUUCCGGAAACAACUACCACAUCAGUACUAUCGACAACUGUUCCGGAAACAACUACCGCAGAAGUACUAUCAACAACGUCCACAACUGUUCCGGAAACAACUACCGCAGAAGUACUAUCAACAACGUCCACAACUGUUCCGGAAACAACUACCACACCAGUACUAUCGACAAUUGUUCAGGAAACAACUACUACACCAGUACUAUCAGCGACGUCCAAAACUGUGCCGGAAACAACUACCACAUCAUUACUAUCAACAACGUCCACAACUAUUCCGGAAACAACUACCACAUCAGUACUAUCGACAAUUAUUCAGGAAACAACUACUACACCGGUACUAUCAGCGACGUCCAAGACUGUGCCGGAAACAACUACCACAUCAUUACUAUCAACAACGUCCACAACUGUUCCCGAAACAACUACCACACCAGUACUAUUGACAGCUGUUCCGGAAACAACUACCGCAGAAGUACUAUCAACAACGUCCACAACUGUUCCCGAAACAACUACCACACCAUUACUAUCAACAACGUCCACAACUGUUCCGGAAACAGCUACCACACCAGUACUAUCGACAACGUCCACAACUAUUCCGGAAACAACUACCGCAGAAGUACUAUCAACAACGUCCACAACUGUUCCCGAAACAACUACCACACCAGUACUAUUGACAGCUGUUCCGGAAACAACUACCGCAGACGUACUAUCAACAACGUCGACAACUGUUCCGGAAACAACUACCACACCAGUACUAUCAACAACGUCCACAACUGUUCCCGAAACAACUACCACAGCAGUACUAUCGACAACUGUUCCGGAAACAACUACCGCAGAAGUACUAUCAACAACGUCCACAAAUAUUCCGGAAACAACUACCACAUCAGUACUAUCGACAACGUCCACAACUGUUCAAGAAACAACUACCACACCAGUACUAUCGACAACUGUUCCGGAAACAGCUACCACAUCAGUACUAUCAACAACGUCCACAACUGUUCAAGAAACAACUACCACACCAGUACUAUCAACAACGUCCUCAACUGUCCCCGAAACAACUACCACAUCAGUACUAUCGACAACGUCUACAACAGUUCCGGAAACAACUACCACACCAGUACUAUCAACAACGUCCACAACCGUUCCGGAAACGGCUACCACAUCAGUGCUAUCAACAACGUCCACAACUGGUCCCGAAACAACUACCACACCAGUACUAUCGACAACUGUUCCGGAAACAACUACCGCAGAAGUACUAUCAACAACGUCCACAACUGUUCCGGAAACAACUACCACACUAGUACUAUCAACAACGUCCACAACUGUUUCGGAAACAACUACCACACCAGUACUAUCGACAACGUCCACACAUGUUCCGGAAACAACUACCACACCAGUACUAUCGACAACGUCCACAACUGUUCCGGAAUCAACUACCACACCAUACUAUCGACAACGUCCACAACUGUUCCGGAAUCAACUACCACAUCAGUUCUAUCAACAACGUCGACAACUGUUCCGGAGACAACUACCACACCAGUAUUAUCAAUAAUUACUAUCAACAACGUCCACAACUGUUCCGGAAACAACUACCACACCAGUACUAUCAACAACAUCCAAAACUAUUCCGGAAACAACUACCACACCAGUACUAUCGACAACGUCCACAACUGUUCCGGAAACAACUACCACACCAGUACUAUCGACAACGUCCACAACUGUUCCGGAAUCAACUACCACACCAGUACUAUCGACAACGUCCGCAACUGUUCCGGAAACAACUACCACAUCAGUACUAUCAACAACGUCCACAACUGUUCCGGAAACAACUACCACACCAGUACUAUCGACAACUUCCACAACUGUUCUGGAAUCAAGUUCCACACCUGUACUAUCAAUAACGUCCACAACUGUUCCGGAAACAACUACCACACCAGUUGUAUCAACAUCGUCGACAACUGUUCCGGAAACAACUACCACACCAGUUGUAUCAACAACUUCGACAACUGUUCCGGAAACAACUACCACACCAGUUGUAUCAACAACUUCGACAACUGUUCCGGAAACAACUACCACACCAGUACUAUCAACAACAUCGACAAGUGUUCCGGAAGCAACUACCACACCAGUACAAUCAACAACAUCGUCAAGUGUUCCGGAAGCAACUACCACACCAGUACAAUCAACAACAUCGACAAGUAUUCCGGAAGCAACUACCACACCAGUACUAUCGACAACUGUUCCGGAAACAACUACCACACCAGUACUAUCGACAACGUCCACAACUAUUCCGGAAACAACUACCACAUCAGUGCAAUCAACAACGUCGACAACUGUUCCGGAAACAACUACCACACCAGUACUAUCAACAACGUCAACAACUGUUCCGGAAACAAGUUCCGCACCUGUACAAUCAACAACGUCCACAACUGUUCCGGAAACAACUACCACAUCAGUUCUAUCAACAAUGUCCACAACUGUUCCGGAAACAAGUUCCACACUUGUACAAUCAACAACGUCCACAACUGUUCCGAAAACAAGUUCCACAUCUGUACUAUCAACAACGUCCACAACCGUUCCGAAAACAAGUUUAACACCUGUACUAGCAUCAACAUCCACAACUGUUCCAGAAACAGCUGCCAUAUCUGA